AAAAAAAAAGACAAAACAAAAUAUAAUAUGCUGAAUCCGGCGGCCGAAGAAUUCCAGCCGGCCGGCCUGCCGCUACUCAACGACACGACAGUGAUGAUCAAGAAUAUCCCAAAUCGAUACAGCCGGAAGAUGCUAAUUGAGUAUAUGGACGGCCAUUGUGUCCUCCAAAACCAGAGAGCGGCGGGAAAUAUUGAAGCCGGAGCUGAUGUGCGUUCGUGUUAUGAUUUCCUCUACCUCCCAUUUGAUUUUAGGACAAAGGCAAACAAAGGUUACGCGUUCGUCAACUUCACCACCCCAGCGGCGGCAUGGAAUUUCUGCCUCGCCGCCGGCAACAGGCCGUGGGCCCACUGCCAAUCCCGGAAGCUCGCGGUGAUCGUCAGAGCCAAGCUGCAGGGCCUCCGCCAGCUGCUCGAUCGUUUCGAGCCCACCGUCUUCCCCUGUGAUUCCGGCGACUUCCUGCCGAUCCGGUUCGAUCCGCCGCGGGACGGCUCCGGCAGAGACGACGUGGCGGCGGGACAGUGCUACUGGACGGUCGGGAGGUGCCGCCGCCGCUUCUGACAAAAUCAUGAUUAGUGGCAGCUGUGAGCCUGUGACUAUG